CCACGACAUUUUGCUCUGCACUCCAUGUGUCCGGUGCAAAAGACGUGUUGUAUUAGCUAGGAUUGAUCUUUGGUGCUGCGAUGCCGAUGGUGGCAAUUCAAGCUACAACAGCUGCGCUACUAUUCUUCAAUGGCACGAUAAGAACAAACACGCGCUCCCUCGACGCCGUCGUCGCGCCGGCGCUAUGCUUCGACAGUGUCGUCAGAGCGACCGGCAGCCUAGAAGCCGUCGCCGCCGCGUGCCCGGGCGCCCGCCGCGUGGACCUCGGCGGCGCGACGGCCGUGCCGGGUCUCACGGACUCGCACGCGCACAUCAUGCUCGAGGCGGCGAGACGACGGAAAGCUGAUCUGUCGAGCUGCGAGGACGCUACCGCGUGCGCAUCCGUGCUUGCGAAGUGGGGCGCCGCGCACCCGCUGCAAAACUGGGUGCAAGGCUUCGGCUUUGAUCAGACAUCCUGGGCCGGCGGCAAGUGGCCGACGCGGCACGACCUAGACGUGAUCCGCCGACCGGCGCGCGCCGACCACAUCUCCGGCCACGCCGUAUGGGUUAACAGCGCCGCGCUGAGAGCUGCGAACGUCACGCGCGCGACGAAGUCUCCGCCCGGUGGCACGAUCGUGCGCGACGCGCUGGGCCGCCCCACGGGCAUCCUGACGGACGACGCGAUGGACCUCAUUGAUGCGGUCGUGCCGCCGCCGCGCGCGUCGGCCGUCGACGCUUCCUUCCAGGCGGUCCUUGAGGCAUGUGCGGCCGCAGGCCUGACGGGCGUCCACGACCUGGCAGCCUUACCGGGGGACAUCGACUACUACUCAUCUCGUGCGGACCAGCUCACGCUGCGCCUCAACGUUUAUAGAGAUGCCGCGAGCCACGAUCAAAUCCCGCCGGUCGCGAGCGGCGAGUCGCGACUCGUGCGCGUGCGCGGCGCCAAGUUCUUCUGCGACGGGGCCAUGGGCUCCUGGACGGCCGCCAUGCUAGCUCCCUACUCAGAUCGGCCUUCGACAAAGGGAACGCUGAUCUACAACGCGAGCGAGCUGCUCGCCGGCGUCAAAAAGUGGAACAAUGCGGGCUACCAGGUCUCCGCCCACGCCAUCGGCGACGCCGCGAACCGUCAGGUCCUUGACGUCUACGAGCAGGCGGGCGUCGCACCCUCCGACCGCUUCCGCGUCGAGCACGUUCAAAUACUAUCAGAACAGGACCUGCCGCGGUUCGCGCGGCUCGGCGUCAUUCCGAGCAUGCAGACGACGCAUUGCGCGUCGGAUCUAGGCUACGCGGAUGCGAGGCUGGGGGCCAGAGCGAACCUGUCCUACGCCUGGCGCGCCCUGAAGGAUAGUGGCGUCGCUGUUCUACCGCUUGGGAGCGACUUUCCGACAGGAGGAACUAUUCCUCCCUUGCUGGGCCUUCACGCCGGUAUUACCAGGGAGCGGCCUGACGGUACGCCAAGCGGUGGUUGGCAUCCGGAGGAACGAUUGACGCCCCUGGAGACCCUCAGAGGCUACACCGCAGACGCGGCCUUCGCUGGAUUCAGCGAGAACGAGCUGGGCGCUCUCGAGCCUGGCUAUAAAGCAGACAUUACUGUUUUAGCAGCCGACCCCGUGACGUGCGAUCCGGCGCGGCUUCCCGGACUCGCGGUCCUGGGAACUGUCGUCGGCGGCGACGUCGUCUACGCGGCGCCGCGCGGCCCGCUCGCCGGCCUCGCGCGACCAAAGCGAGCGUUUGCCGGGCCCCGGCUCUCGGAGCGAGCGCUGAGCGCGGCGGCGGCGUGGGAGCGGCGGCUCGUCGACGAUACCGCUGAAGAUAGGGCGUGGGCGCGACCCUGGGAAGAGGCUAUGUGAAUAAUAAAUGUACAACAUACUUAUC